AUGUCUGCUAGAGCUAGCCCACCAGUUCUGGACUUUUCGCCAUUCUAUGGCGAGGACAGUGCCGCCAAAGCCAAGCUCGUUGAGAGCAUCAAAGAAUGCUGUCUGUACAAUGGGUUUUUCCAGAUCAUCGGCCAUCGGGUGCCGAUCGAGUUGCAGAAGGCAGUUAUGCGAUGCAUGCAGCGAUUUUUCGAACUGCCCCUCGAGCGAAAGCUGGAGAUUGACAAAGACAACAACACGUUCAACAGAGGCUACGAACUGCUGCGUUCUCAGAUGUUGGAGGCCGGCACCAGUCCUGAGCUCAAGGAAGGACUGUACAUCGGCGAGGAGAUACCGGAAGACCAUCCGUACUUUAUCCAAGGCAAGUUGAACAGCGGUCCGAAUCAAUGGCCGCAAACAAUCGAAGAUCCUGAGGAGUUCCAGCGCACCUCUAUGGAAUACUACCGCGCCGUAUUCGACUUGACCAAAGACGUGCUAGGCGUUUUAGCACUGACUCUGGGAGUCGAGGCGACGCAUUUCGAUCCACUUACGGAUGGCGCAGUGGCGACAAUGCGAUUUCUGCACUACCCAGCGCAACCUAAAGAUGUGGACGAGAAGCUAAACCGGGGGAUUGGCGCGCAUACUGACUUCGGAUGCGUGACUCUGCUAUUACAGAACGAGGUGGAUGGCUUGCAGGUGCUCGAUGUACCCACGGGUGAAUGGUUGGAUGUGCAACCCAUCCCCGGCGCAUACGUCGUCAACCUGGGUAAUCUAUUCAUGCGCAUGGCCAACGACAAGUACAAAUCGAACACCCACCGAGUGAUCAACAAGUCCGGCCGCGAGCGGUACUCGAUCCCCUUCUUUUUCAGCGGAAACCCUGACUACAUGUGCGAGUGUCUGCCCAACUGUCGUGAACCGCAGGAAGUGUCCAAAUACGGUCCCAUUACCGUUGAGCAGGCUGUCACGGCGGCGUACAAAGAGAGCUACGGUCGAGCGGAGAAGUACAAGCAGGAUAUGAAGCUUACGUCCAUCGACGACCCCCAGGUUGAGCAAUUCUAUGGCUCGUCUACUACUGAGUCGUACAGAAUUAAAUCUGAACUGGUGGGCAAAUGUCUUGAGGAAAUUGGGAUGGGACGAUUCCAAUGGCAACUCUUCGUGGUUACCGGUUUCGGGUGGAUUGUCGACAACUUAGCAUCACAGGGUCUCAGCAGCGUUCAACCCCCAAUCAAGCUUGAACUCCCCGGAAUCACCCAAGUCAGCUUUAGCUCCGUGGCGUACCAUGCUGGACUUAUUGUUGGGGCCUCAUUCUGGGGCAUCUCCAGUGACUUGAUCGGUCGACGACCGGCGUUCAACUGUACGCUGUUGAUAGCAGGAAUCUUCCUGUGCGCUGCAGGAGGCGCGUUGAAUUUCAUUGCAUUUAGUGCUCUUUGGGCUGUUAUCGGAACAGCGGCUGGGGGGAACGUGCCCGUGGACUCGAUGCUAUUUUUGGAAUUCGUGCCGGGCAGUCAUCAAUGGCUUCUGACAGCCUUAUCCGCAUGGUGGAACCUCGGACAGCUGAUUGUUUCCCUAAUCGCCUGGGUGUUCCUGGCAAAUUACAGCUGCCCAACAGAUUCUACUCCAGACACAUGCUCUCGCAUCGAGAAUAUGGGAUGGCGAUACACGCAAAUCACCAUCGGUGCAUUAUCGCUGGCUUUUACCGUCAUCCGCAUCUUCCUGUUCAAGAUACCCGAAACCCCGAGAUAUCUCCUAUCAAAGGGAAGAGACGGCGAUGCCGUUGAAGCAGUCAACCAUGUGGCACGUCAGAACAAAAAGUCCGAACCACUGACGGUUGAGAUGCUCCAGGAUAUCGACGCGCAGCUGGGGAUUAGCACGACCCAUACGAGAGCCGUUGGUCUCUCCAAUAGAGACAUCGUUCGAGAAUCGCUGCAGGAUCUGAAUGGCGCGCAUUACAGGGCACUGUUUUCGACCAAGAGACUCAGUCUACAUACGGCUCUGAUCUGGCUCAUCUGGCUCACUAUUGGAAUCGCAUAUCCGCUCUACUUCAACUUCCUGCCUUCGUACCUCGCGACCAGAUUCACCCAGGACUCAUCACUGGACCUCACGUAUCGCAACUACUGCAUCGAGUCCGCUGUUGGCAUCGUGGGUCCUCUUUCCGCAGCCUGUCUGGCAAACACCUUUUUCGGCCGUCGCUGGAUGAUGGGCCUGUCUGCUAUCGUGACGGGUGCAUUCCUCUUCGCAUAUGUGGCUGUCGAUACAUCCGCGACAAGUUUAGCUUUUGCCUGUAUCACGGGGAUAUUGGCAAACUUCGAAUAUGCCGUUAUGUACGCCUUCACCCCCGAGUCCUUUCCGGGUCCGCAUCGAGGGACCGGCACUGGCACGGCAGCUGCAUUGCUGCGCUUUGGGGGUUUGGCGGCCAGUUUAAUUUCGGCUUAUACGGGAUUCACGACUGCUCCAAUAUAUGUGAGUGCAGCCCUAUGGAUAGGGGUCGGAAUUCUCUGUUUUGCAUUGCCGUUUGAGACCCACGGACAUGCAGCUAUAUAG